CGAAAGAUUUCAUGACCACAGCCACAAAACACAAAUAGAAGAUAACCAAAAUACAAGGACGCCGAACAUCUUCACCCUCGUCGUUGUGCUGUUCUAUUUUCUACUUCCACUUAUUCAACUAUUCAACAAUUCAACGAUGGCAGGCGAGAAGGAUAAUGAGGCGAGACUUGUGGCCGACAUAAUUCGAACGUUGCAGAAGCAUCUGCAAUGUGUUAUUUGCUUUGAAACACUGAGAGACCCUAUGACAACACGCUGUGGACACACUUUCUGUCAAGUUUGCAUUAUUAGAGUUGUGAAAGGAAAGAAUGCACUUUGCCCUUUGUGCAAUGCUCGCAUCAAUCGCCGUGGCGUUGUUGAAAAUGAAAAAAUACGAGGUGUUGUUCAAGCUGUGCAUGUUAUUAUUUCUAGUGCACAGAAGGACAUUGCGGAUAUGGGCUGUGACGAUGUACUUCAGCUUUUGAAGGAAAGUACCCACUCAAACACUCGUCAAUCUCUCCCACCCAUUGAGCACGAUAAUUUAGAUCAAUCUUCCACUUCUGGUGACCAGAAAACUGUUUCGAAGAGAAGUAAGAAGGUUGAGUCGUGGCUCUUGGAUGUGCAUGCGCCAAGUGCUAGUCAGGUAUCGAUUCAGUCACUCCAACCUGUUGUUGUCCAACAAUCCAACAGUCCAACCAAUGGAGAUUCUGACUCAGAAAUGGAAUCGGUCUCUCAAAUUAAUCCUGAUCAGACGAGUAGGAAGAAACCAUUAUCAGCUUAUAUUGAAGAUGAUUGUGAGCCUCCAAGUCAUGUGAAAAAACCACUAUUGCAGAAAUCAAAGACAUUGCUUGCACCCAAAAGAAUGGGUCAACUAAAUGUGAAAGCUAAACAAGAAUCCCUUAAGGGAUUUGGGGCUCUUAAAAUAACACCAACAAAGGCAGGCUCCAAGACAUCAACAGGAGAUCCUGAAAUGAAGGUCCCUGAUCCUGUCAUAGUUGUACUGGACCUGGAUAAAGAAAACACCAACUCACCUGGCUGGUCUCAUGUUCAAAAUAUGAAGAAAGAUUUUCAGAUUUCCCCUGCACCUAGUAUUGAAGAUCCUGGCAGCAGUGAUGAACUGCCAUGCUUGAAUCUUUCAUUAGAUAGUCCAGUGCUGAAAAAGAAAAACAGGGUCAAUGAAAUUGUAAACAGCCUCCAGUCAGAAAUUGAAGUAUGUGAGAGAUCUAUGUUACCUGUUAAAAAAAGGAGUGAAAAGAAUCUCUCAUUACAUUCUAGAAAUAUAAAGAAACGCUUAGUUGCGCCAUCUUGUUCAGGUUUUUCUGACCACCAGACUAUUGUGAAGUUUCUGAAACUUGGGCGUUUGACUACAAAGAAAUCUCCAAAUGUGCCUUUUUACCUGAGGGGCUCAUUACAGCACAUGCGUUGUAAGGAUGUUACAAGGACACCCUUCAGGCUGCUGCAGGAUGCUCAAGCACAAACAGAGUCUGUUCUGGUGAGAAGUCCACAAAUGACCAAGAAUAAGUCUUUUGACAAUCAAGGAGAAAGCCCUGUUCACGUUUCAAGUAUUCCCAUGGCAAGGAGAAGUUUGGGUGCCCAAUCAGAUGUUGAUAUGGAUGCCGAAACAUUGCUGUUAACCCAACCCUUGAAACCACCCGUUCAAGAAAGUAGAGCCAUUAGCCCUAUAUCUCUACUCAACGAGGCAACAGCUAUUUCAGAAACAGAAAUUAUUGAAUGUACCUACCCUCAGAAUGAUGUUCAAUUUCAAACCUCAGAUGCAUUCAUAACUGGUCGAGAUGUAGCUAUUAAUCUUGAGAAGACCUGUGGAACAGUGCAUCAAGACAGAAAACAAUCUCAAGAUUCCAAACUCAGUUGUGGCUCACUAGAUGUCAUAGGAAGAAGUCCUAAGAAGAAAGUUACUUUAGAAGCUGCUUCAAAUGAUAUUCCUCAAGUGGAUCUUGAUGAUGAUUCAAGCUCCAGUGUCGGCCCAGACAUAAGUUCUAAACGCCCCCGGCCAUUGGGCAGCUUUAGUGACUCGUCAGACUCUGAUGUUGGUGUGUCUAAAAAACAGAAACAGAAGAAAAAGAAAAUUCAGGUGCUAUCUGACAACGAGAAUAGUUGUAGCUCUCAUAAUGAUGAUGCUGAUAUUAGCAUUGUAGACACGUCAAAAAUAAUGGCAAAUAUUGAAGCCCGGCUUGCAGAAGAGGAAAGGAUGCAAUCAGCAGGGUGGCUAAAUGAAGUGGUGAACUCAGAACCAGUGAAUGAAAGAUUUGAAGACUGCUUGGAUGUUUUGUCCAACACAUCAAAAAACCAAAUUGACAGUGAUGGUGAUUCUGAAGUCAUAAACCCCACUCCUCAGAAGCAAUUUUCAUUUACUUCAAGGCAAACAACUCAAUCAGAUGAUAUUGUCCCAAGUUCGCAGCCUCCAAUUCCCACAAUUCCCAGCCAUAGACUUGUACCCCCUUUACUUGGAGACAACCACAAAGACUCAAUAGGAAGCAAACCUAACGACCUGCCUCAAGAAGACCUGCUUGAGUCACUGGGUAACCAGAGAAAUACUUGUGAGGAUAUUCAAAUAGUGGAGAACCAUGCGUCUUCCCAAGCACCAGUGACUGAAGAUGCUUCUGAGUCAAACCUUUUCUCUGAUCCUGUAGAAGUUACAGAGACCAGAAACGGAGAGAAUGCAGAAGAUGCACUUAAAACCACUAAGCUGCAAUUUGUCUGUAGCAGUCUUCCUGGCAAUUUAGUAGCGCAGGUCGAAAAGCUUGCAAAUAUUGUUAAAGCUGAAUUUUCUUCCAAAUUCACGUCUGAUACAUCACAUCUCAUUGUUCGAGUGGAUGAAAGUAAUAGGGCUGACAAAACCUUGAAAUACCUUUGUGCUGUUGCUGCUGGAAAAUGGGUUGUCUCCUUUGCAUGGGUGGAGAAAUGCAUAGAAGCCGGGAAACUUUUACCAGAGGAACCUUUUGAAGCACUAGAUGCCACAGGUGAGCCAGGCCCUCAACGUUCACGAGAGUCUCGCCUCUCCAAGAAGAAUCUGUUCAGUGGCUUUGAGUUCUGUUGCAUUGGUGAUUUUCCGGAUAUAUCAAAAGCUCAAAUGCAGGCUUUAUUAAUUGAUUGUGGCGCCUCCAUGGUUAGCAAGCCAACCGAAUUCUCUUUGCAGCAACGCAUUAUACCAGUAGCGCUUGCUCAAUGGGACGAAUCCAAAGAAGCAGAAUAUAAUAACUGGCUGGAAGAGUACUGCACUCCUCUUGUUCAGCAUGAGUGGGUUUUGGACUGCAUCGGAAAAUUUUCUGUAACAUCUUUCUCAGCGAUGCUGCUAUGUGAUGUCUCUGAAGACUACCUUGCGUCUAUGGGUAUUCCAUCUUACCUGUUUGAGUUAACUGAAUCCGAGCAGUGAUCUACUACAGCAAAUGAUUUGGAGUCUGCAAUAAAUCUGUAAUUUUAUUUUAUCAUA